CCGGUUUUAUAAGGCAAUUUCAUUCUUUCAGCAGAUUUAGUUUUUAUUUGCGAUAAAUAAACAGAAGUAUCAGGAUGGGCGAAUGGACUUACGGAUUGUUUGAUUGUUUCGGCAACUGCACUCUCUGUAUCAUCACCUACAUCGUACCUUGUGUUACAGCAGGUCAAAAUGCGGAGAAGGUCGACCAAGGAAGUUGCAUUAUGUGCGGCAUCGCGUCCAUGCUGGGACCUUGUGGUAUUUAUUUCAUGGCAAGAACCCGUGAAGCGACAAGGGAACGGAAAGGCAUUGAAGGUUCAUUCCUGAAUGAUUGUCUUUGCUCUUGGUUUUGUGCCUUGUGUUCCAUCAUACAAGUAGCAAGGGAGCUUGAAGGUAGUCCCAUGGGUCAAUCGAUGUCCCGAGUAUAAGGCUUCGACCCGACACAUUAUAUAACCAAGACUUUCAUCGUGUUUAGCUUGUUUUAAAUUUGACAUAUUCACCAACAUUUUUUUAAAGUCUAUAAUCCAAUUGAUGCUUCACUGUUACGGUUAUUGUGUUUCGGUGUAUCACCAUAAUUGCAUGGCAACGGCGACAUGAAACGUCGCUCUCUUUUAUAUUGGUUUAUCCCAAAACGGCCUCUAUGGCUCGCAUUGUUUGUUUUGCUGGAAAAUCAUCCGCAAGUUUGGAACCAACGGCAAGCUCUAACCUCUCACAUGGUAGCAUGUAAUCGUAUUAUAACAAAAGUAUGUAAAUACUAAAUAUAAUUCAAUUAACGACAA